CUCAAGUGUAAAGCGGGAGGUGUUGAAAGUUUUCCGGGUGGGUGCGAUGUGUACGUGACUUUUUAGCGUUUCUUCGUAUCAGAAUAUUUUUGGACGAGGAAAACUUGCAGAAUGCACAGGCCUACCAUAGCAUUUGCCAACCUGAUAGAACUAAGAUGUCGACAUUGUGAGAACUUUCUCAGUUGUGGGCCUCUAUACCUAUUGGAGGAUUCUAGCACUCUCUGCGGACGAUGUCGAAUGCUAGCCAGAGAUCAUUAUAGAAAUGAUUCCCUAGAAGCAUUAAAAUCAAUUUUCCGUUAUCCGUGUAUCAACUGGCGAAAUCAUUGUCCCGUGACGCUGCAGUGGAACGAAAGCCUGAUCCACGAAAGAGAGUGCCAUUACUACGGAGGAUGUGGUUUCCUCUGCUCGCAUCCCGGGGCGUUUUUCAAAGGAAAACGAGACUUCCCCAAAGAGGAUUUAAGAUUAACGACGGUCCCCGAGCACAUAUUCGGUUACAUCAAAUGCGUGGUCUGCGAAGGUUUUCUUAGCUGCGAGCCCGUCUAUACUCAAAUCAACGGCAAAAAUAUUUGUCAUCGAUGUAUAAACAGCAACGGCGUGCCUCCCAAUUGCAGACGCAACCUUCCUUAUGAAACAUUUUCCAAAACCUUGGUAUUCCCUUGCAGUUUCCGAAGCAAAGGGUGUCCCGAGAGGGGCGAAUUCGGCAGGGGGCUUUGGCAACACGAAGCCGAAUGUCCCUACGGGGCGAUAAUUUACCAACAGUCCGAUCAAAAACGGGAGAGUCAAGCUAAAAAGGAAAAGGGGGUUAUCAAGACCCAUACCGGACACAUUUGGGCCACCAUCACUCCGAAUUCGCAGCUUUUUGCACCACCAGAAGACCCUAACAACGAUAUCAACAAACAACUACUGAAGUCGUUGGCGAAAAAGCAACAGGAAAGACAUAUCAAAAGAGCGGACCAAAUCGGCGACGAAUUGCGCAACAGAAGGAUGUCUGGAGACAGCGCGGUGUCUACUGCUGGAUCUCUAAGUACCAAAAAUUCAGCGUCCCAUGGUAGCGAGAUCAGCAUCGGAGAAAUAUUCGAUAAAGUUCUGCCGUCUUAUACUCCGCCUGAGGAAUACAAUAAUAUAUCUUUGCACUCGUCUAGAAGCAGCUCCGUCAGGCGGAACGAAAGAAGAUUUGUGGAGAGUGGUGGAGUUCAACACGAUUUAAGUUUUCCUGCUUAUUUAAUCCCUCGGUCAAACUUAGAACGGACGGACUCUAUGAACAGCAGUUUUAGGGGUAACAGAGAGCUGAUCAGCGAGCUCAAAGUAAGGCAAAACAUCAUAAAGAAAACUCACUCUAUCAAAGGGCGAAUAGACUUGGAUCAAAAUAAUCCUUAUAGACAAUGCAAUAAUUUAGACGAUAUGGUUACCGUCCACAAUCAAAUUAAGUGAUAAAAAUGAACUGAUAAAUAAGUGACGUUAUCGGUACUCGAGGAUGUAAAUAGCGGGCGGGUAUUUUUAUUUUCGUCUAUUUUGUAUAAUCGUUGUAAUGUAAUGGUAUCAGCAGAAAAGGGUCCCCCACAACUUAAUCUACUAGAUUAUAUACUAGAUAGGAUUAAAAACAAUGCGGUUGAGAUUAAUGUAAUUCGAUAUAUGUGUAUUUUUACCUAAACAAAGACAUUCGAA